GUUUCUCAGCGUGCCUCCUCCGCGGCGGCGUGUCUCCUCCUCUGCCGCUGCUGCUGCUCCAGGACGGAAUUAUGGAGCCUCGGGAAUAACUAACGGUCACCCAACGAGACGAGGAGACAAUGACUUAAGCUGUGUCUUAGAGGAAUUUGAAGAGUUCGCUAAGGCGCGCAGCGGAGGUCUCGCUCGCUCGCCUCCUCCCCGGGCGUGUGGUGUCCGUCCCCGUUGGAAACACGAGAGAGGAGCGGUCUCUUUGUGAAUCCUCUCCAGCGGUUGAUGAAACCUUCGCCACAGAGUGGGACGGUGGUUUCGAUUAACCUUUCACCUCGAGAAGAAGUGAAGAAGACACUUAAGAGAUGGAGCAGGUAUCAGAUGAUGAAUUGGAUCAUGGCGCUGAAGAGGACAGCGAUAAGGAGGACCAGGACCUCGACAAGAUGUUUGGCGCGUGGCUGGGAGAGCUGGACAAGCUCACACAGAGUCUUGACGACGGCCGACCCCAGAAGACUCUGCAAAAGCCUCCACUGAGACAGGAAACCAACAUGGCCAAUUUCUCAUACCGUUUCUCAAUGUAUAACAUUAACGAGGCUUUGAACCAGGGAGAAAAGGUCGACCUGGACGCCCUGAUGGCUGACUUGUGCACAAUCGAACAGGAACUCAGCACCAUCUCUAAACCCAACUCGCGCAGCCAGAGCAAGCGGGCCCUGGGUGGACGCAGUAACAGCACCAAGCACACGGGCACCAGCUGCGAGGGCAGCAGUGGAGGAAGUGCCAGCAGCAGCGCUCGUGCUUCGCCGGCCAACACGGUGCGUGGCGGCAGUGUCAACACGCGUCCAGUUGCCUCCAACAUCUCCCUCGAUGACAUCACUUCUCAGCUGGAGAAGGCAUCUCUCAGCAUGGAUGAGGCAGCCCUUCAGACCUCAUCCUCCUCUUCUUCCUCUUCAUCCUCCUUCUCAUCCACCACGCUGCGGCGGCCCUCGUCCGGCUCGUCAGGUGGGGGUCAGCACAGGCGAGCAGGCUCCAUGGGUGGGAUGAGCGAGCAGGACGCGCCCUCGCAGCGCUCCAGUGUAAAUUCAGCGUGUGCCUCCGCGUCCAGCAUGGACUCUCUGGACAUUGAUAAAGUGAUGACAGGAGGAGAUGUGGAGGGUCGCAGCAGCCCCAGCUCUCAAGGACAAAACCAGACCAACACAGAGCAUGUCGUACUGCGACGGGCCAAUGGUAACAUGGCCAGGCGACAGCUCGACUUCUCCUCUCAGGGAGGUGAAGUGGACCGGGUCACUCACUCCUAUCUGGAUCGAGAAACCUCGCUCAUUCUGAAAAGCAUUGCUGGGAAGCCCUCUCACCUCCUGACCAAGGAAGAGCAAGCUGCCAAGGUGAAGGCAGAAAAGAUCCGAGUCGCCCUGGAAAAAAUCAAAGAGGCCCAGGUCAAAAAGCUGGUGAUCCGGGUCCACAUGUCAGACGAGAGCUCCAAGACCAUGAUGGUGGACGAGAGACAGACAGUCCGACAGGUGCUGGACAGCCUGCUGGACAAGUCUCACUGUGGCUACAGUCCUGACUGGUCUCUGGUGGAGACCAUCAGUGAGCUGCAAAUGGAGCGCAUUUUCGAGGAUCACGAGAAUUUGGUGGAGAAUCUGUUGAACUGGACGCGAGACAGCCACAACAAGCUGAUGUUCAUCGAACGCAUCGAGAAGUACGCCCUGUUCAAGAACCCGCAGAACUAUUUGUUGGGGCGCAAGGAGACUUCGGAAAUGGCCGACAGGAACAAAGAGGCUUUGUUGGAGGAGUGCUUCUGCGGCGGUACCGUGUCCGUACCAGAGAUCGAGGGCGUGCUGUGGCUGAAGGACGACGGCAAGAAGUCGUGGAAGAAGCGUUACUUCCUCCUCCGGGCUUCUGGAAUAUACUAUGUUCCGAAAGGGAAAGCUAAGGCGUCCAGGGAUCUGGUGUGCUUCCUUCAGCUGGACCAUGUCAACGUGUACUACGGGCAGGACUACCGCAGCAAGUACAAGGCGCCCACAGACUACUGCCUGGCUCUGAAGCACCCCCAGAUCCAGAAGAAGUCCCAGUACAUCAAGUACCUGUGCUGUGAUGACGUCAGGACGCUCCACCAGUGGGUGAACGGAAUCAGAAUUGCCAAAUAUGGAAAGCAGCUGUACAUGAACUAUCAGGAGGCCAUGAAGAGGACGGAAGCAGCGUAUGACUGGUCCUCCAUCUCCACGUCCAGCAUCAGAUCUGGGUCCAGUUCAGCAAGUAUCCAAGAGUCCCAGUCCAACCACUCGGGACACUCAGACAGUGGGGUGGACACAGGCUCUUCUCACGGCCGCUCCCAGAGCGUGGUGAGCUCCAUUUUCUCCGAGGCCUGGAAGAGGGGCACCCAGAUGGAGGAGAACUCCAAGAUGAGAACUGAGACCUCCAGGGGAGCGACGCUGCCGCACGGCUCUCAUGGCCAUCGCCAUCACAGCCAUCACUCAAUGGACCACACGGCACUCACCCCCCCACCACAGUCUACCACCCACCCCCACCUGCAGCAACCCACCACGCCACCCGUGACACCCCAGCCCAUGCCCCCCCCACCACAGUCUCCCCAACAGGUGCGGCACUCUGCUGCCAAAUCCCCUCAGAGACAACUGUCCACACCCCAGCUCCCACAGCAACAGCAACCGGUUGUCAACCACAGCAAUGCAACCCCGCCACAGCAGAGCGGAGGCAACUGUGAGCAACAACAGACCAGGAGCAGCUACAGCCACGUCCCCCCGCAACAACAACAGGCUGGAGGCAGCUACAACCACGUCCCCCCGCAACAACAACAGGCUGGAGGCAGCUACAACCACGUCCCCCCGCAACAACAACAGGCUGGAGGCAGCUACAACCACGUCCCCCCUCAACAACAACAGGCUGGAGGCAGCUACAACCACGUCCCCCCGCAACAACAACAGGCUGGGGGCAGCUACAACCACGUCCCCCCGCAACAACAACAGGCUGGAGGCAGCUACAACCACGUCCCCCCGCAACAACAACAGGCUGGAGGCAGCUACAACCACGUCCCCCCGCAACAACAACAGGCUGGAGGCAGCUACAACCACGUCCCCCCGCAACAGAAGACGCCCGAGAGCCAGUUCAACCACGUCCCCUCACAUCAACCACAGACCACCAUCGGCUACAACCAUGUUCCCCCCCCACAGGUGCAACAGUCGGCGCCACCACCUCCACCUCCACCGCCCCCUCCCCCACCCCCUCCGCCUCCUCCAAUUCAGACUGUGUCCCAUCAUUCAGCCGCUCUCAACAUGUACAAGUUCAGCACCAUCAACAGACUCCAGAGCCAGAAGCCGCCCCAGGUCACCAACCACAAGCUGCACAGUCAUCACCACGGGCAUCAGCAGGCCCCAGCGCAAGCGCCGGUGAAGCCCAACGUGAAUCACAUAGCUGCACGGACAAACGUCCCGCCUCCUCCUCCCCCGCCUCCACCCCCGUCGAUGCCCACUCCUGGGUCAGCGAUGGCCGUCCUGAGACUGGGACCGCCCAGUCCAGCUGCUCCGCCCUCCUUCAUCCCGCCUCCCCCAGCUCUUUUACAGACCAAUUCCCUGGCUUUCCCUGCACCGCCGCCGCCCCCUCCGCCUCCACCUGCACCAAGUCCCAUGAGCCAUGCUGUCCACCCCACUGGACUGAAGCAGGCUCUGAAGGAGCGCUUCCCCAGUCCUCCCAGAGACCUUCUUUCACUUAACGGAGGCCUUGAAGAGUCUCCACCUCCUGCCCCUGCUCCAACUCCACCACCUCCUCCUCCGCCUCCUCCACCACCACCCCCUCCUCCACCACAGCAGUUCCCGGUGCCGGCACAGUUCCCACCCCCACCUGCGCCCCCCAAGUCCUUCACGCCAGGCUUCAUGCCCCAUACCAAACCCAUGUCUCCCGUUUCCCCUUUUCCACCUGCACCACCCCCCGCUGCAGUGUGUGCCCCCCCACCUCCGCCUCCGCCGCCUCCACCUAUAACUCUUAAAAAGCAGUUCAGCCUCCAGACGGCCCACGCGAGCCAGCCGCCGCCUACGCUGCCCAAACAGCACAGUUUGUCCAAGCCCCCGCCUGGAUCUUCUCCUGCCGUGUCGUCCGUGAAGCAACUCGCCAGUCAGUUCCCUGUGUCCAGUCAUUCAGAGCCUCCCAAGGCGCCGCUCUCUCCACCAGCCGUCAAGACAAAACCCAGGUGGCAGCCUGGAAGCGGCCCGCAGCGCCACUCUCCAGAGUUUCCUCCUCCACCUCCGGAGAACAACGCCGGCUUCCCCGCGCCACCUCCUCCCCCACCACCUCCCGGCCCUACUCCCACCCCACCCCCCCUUCCACCUGGUAACCUGGCCUCCCCCGUCAUGAGGUCUCCCUCUGGCGCGGGCGGUGCAGGAGGGAAGAAGCCCCCUCCCACCCCGCAGAGGAACUCCAGCAUCAGGUCGGACUCCUCGUCCUCUUACGAAGAGUCCAGGCGGAAUUUACUGAGCAAGUUUGCCCCGCAAAACAACACCAACCCAUCUUCAUUACGGUCCACCACCUCCGCAGGAUCCCCCUCAAAGGAGCCUUUAGCUGGCCCUCCUGCGCCCCCUAAACCUGGGAAGCUGAACCUUGCCAACUUGCCGCCUGCUCUGCAGGCCAAAGUCAGCCAGGCCAAGCAGUCCAGUGGCGACUUUCCCUCCCCGCCGCCGGAGUGCGCAUACUUCCCCCCUCCUCCCCCUGCAGUGGACCUCUUUCCGCCUCCCCCUCCACCUGGAGGUGACGUCCACAGUGCAGGGCCACCAAGGGUCGCUGUGGUGAAUCCUCAGCCACAAGCUCCGCCUCCCCCGCCACCUGUCUCUCUUGUCAGUAACUCUUCCUGGAGCAAGAGCUCGCUGAAGAAGACCCCUCCCGCCACACUGGCCCGCCGCAGCAACAACACCCCUGAGCCCCCGGCUGUCUCCCCUCCACCACCCACCUCCCCCAAGGGCAACUCAGGCCAGCCCAACUUCCUUGAAGACCUGCACCGGACUCUGAAGCGGAAGUCGGUGGGACGUCAAGGCUCCGUCAACUCCACCUCUGGCAAAAUGGACACCGGGACUCUGGACGACAUGGCGCUGCCUCCGCCACCACCCGAGCUGCUGGACCAGGACACGCAGAGCAACGGGGGAAACGGCGCCUUCAAUGUCUCUGGCUAUGCAACGAUAAGAAGAGGACCCCCGCCUGCCCCUCCAAAAAGAGGGGACGCAACCAAACUGACUGGGUGAUGUUGAAGCUGGACUGUGUAGUUCAGUGGCCUCUGUAAAUACUGAAAAACUGACUGUUACAAUUCUUCACAAUGCAUUUGAGGCCCAGUUCCUCUAGAUAUGGAGAUGUAGAAACUUCAUAGCGAAGCCUGGCGCCCCCGUGUGGCCAGCCCGACACUACGGAACAGCUAUGGAACAUGUUUUUUUUUGUGUUUGGGGUUUCAGCUGUUUCUUUGCAUUACUGGAGACAACACCAGAUUCGUAUCCGUUUCUGCAUGAUGUCGUGUAUCGAGUUACUCUUGAAGGUUUUAUAUGGAAUUAUUUAAUAAUUGGUGCAAGGAAGGAUUUUUUUUAUGUGUCGUGAUGAGGCCAUAAUAGCAAAACUGAAAUUUGUGCACGAAGGAACGUUCAUGAGCAGAAAAAGAUGGUGGCCUUAUGCCCAAAACCUUGCACUGACGAGAACUGGAUUCAAGUCGGCAAACUUUUUUUUUUUUUUUUACCGAGACGCUGCUCGUGGACUUUCAACUUGGGACGUUUGGUCCCAGUCGCCUUCAGACGUCACAUGGCGUCCACCAUCCAGGAAGUGGAAUGUACAGAUGUGUUGAUGUACGGAGGGGAUCAUGUGACCAGACGUCAGACUGAAUGUUGUCUUGUGUGUCUCCGUGGUGUCAUCGCUGCUUCAACAGCUCAGGAUCCAGAAUCCGCCGCGUUUCAUUUGGCACAGCGUUGCCUUUGUUCCGAGGGUGCUACAUUUCUGCUGGGUCAUGUGGACUGGACUUGCUCUUUCAAAAAAACUCCCCAGUUAACUGCCAAACAUAGACAAAUGUGUUAUCGGUCAAACAAUGUACACAAACGUGUAUUUAUGAAUUCUUCUCUUCCAGCUGAACUCACCUCGCCGCCACAGGUGAUGGUGAGAUGUGAUGUGUGUUCUGUCAUCCAAGUGCAAUGAAUGGUCACCACCUCGUCCGAGGAGUUUUCAUUUCAAAGUGGGUCAUUUAAAAAAAAAAAACAACAAAAAAAAAAGGUCUCGGGAGGUCAUUGUUGUGUAUUCCUCUUCAUGCUGUAAGUUAUUGUUGGAUAUUUGUGGCCAAAUGAAAUGAAGUUACACGGCUGCAAGUAAAUGUUUCCUUCUGCAAAUAAAGUGAAAACCCAAAUAUAAA